CUUUGCCCUCCUUCUACCUCCCUCUCCUCCACUCUCCAAUCCGCCCCCCGCAAACCUUUAAUCUUCCUUUUUUUUGUGUUCUUCGGUAGAAGCUACACAUCGCCAAAAUGGGUGCCAUUCCGGAAGUCGACCCCGAUGAGCCCGUCGAGACCAAGCCCUUCAAGUUCGUUACUGGCUAUGAUGCUCGUUUCCCCCAGCAGAACCAGACCAAGCACUGCUGGCAGAACUAUGUCGACUACUACAAGUGUGUCAACGCCAAGGGCGAGGACUUCCGCCCCUGCCGUCAGUUCUACCACGCCUACCGCUCUCUCUGCCCCAAGGCCUGGACCGACCGCUGGGACGCUCAGCGCGAGGCUGGCAACUUCCCCGCUCACCUCGACAAAUAGAUAGCCAACGACCGUUUUUGGGUUGGUUAGACUGGGCUUCUUCAAAUGCUGUGUAUUGACAAAUUUCCAAUGUACUCUACCUGGUCGCACGGGGAUACAUUUCCUUUCUUCCUGGAUGUGAUCAUCUGAUAUACUGGAGAAGGGGUGUCUAUAAGUCGCCGUUUUGCAAAGAGAAACGUGUUUUAUUAGCUGACACUCGCGCUUCUGAUGUAAAGCACCUC